AUGGCAUCACAAGGCUUUCCCCAGUUCAGCGACGGUGACGUGGAGAUCUCCCUGGGCGGUCGGCAUGACGCAAAACUCGUCCUGCACAGCUACGUCCUAGCGCUACACUCAUCGUGGUUCAAGGCCAGCCUGAGUGACCGCUGGAACCACGAGAAUGACUUACGGCUAGUCGGAGAGAAGCAGCGCUGGUUCUAUGUGCUGCAAUUCGACAAGGGAACCGACUUCGCGAUGCUAGCGCGCAAGCCGGAUAGCGAAUCGAUUGCGAUACCUUCGGGAGAAGUUCUCGAGGUCGAAGCAGUGCGUGAGCAAGACGCACGCCAAACAUUACGCGUUUGUGAUCAGUACGAGAUGGUAGAGGCUCAUCAAGACCUUUUCUGCGCUCUCUACCACGCGCCGCUAUCCUUUGAAGACUGGCCAAUCUCUGCCGCACACUCUCGCCAUGUGAACCUCGCUCGACUAGGGAAGAUGUACAGAUGUGAAGCGGUGGUCAGCCUCCACAUCGCAAGGCUUCUUGGUCGCUGCCAGGAUGAUAUCUUGACUGCCUGCAUACGGGAGCCGGAUGAACAGCUCUCACUGGCGUACGAGGCGAAGUCAGCUUGGAUCUUCAAAGAGGCUGCGACCAACCUCGUCGGACGUAGCGAUGCUUCCUACAAGACGCUACGCAAGGGAGUACAGGAGGCGCAGGUUGGAGAGCUCUUAGACCGCAAGCGAGCAGAUUUUGUCGCGGCGCUCAAGGCCUGCGAACACAAGAUGUUUUGCAUCCUGCCACGUCAGAACGGGGGCCCGAUGUCCUACACAGCCGUGAGCUUCUUCCGAUUCUGGCUCUCCGAAAAGAUCAGCAAUGACGGCCGCGGCAGCGGGCUUCAACCCGGAUACGCCAAUCUCUACCACACAAUCCGACUCAAUAAAGUCACCCUGUCAACGCUGACCAAGGAAAAAGUCGGUCAGAAGUAUGUCGACGGGAUUCUAGGCGUCUUGGAAGAGCAGGACGUGACAGAGUUGGAGAUUCAACUCAGCUUGGUGGUGUCUGAGGCCGCGAAGAUUCUUCAGUCAAUCCUCAACGACACCCGGCGGCGAAACAAGGGGAAGAAGGACGAGUUUCGCGCCCUCACAUUCAUCGAAAUCGCAGACGAGGAGUUGCCGUGGUCGACGCCCUGA